CUUUUGCUCCUUCCCUUUCAUUAAACAAACGGGAGGUCCCAAAACCUGGACCCAACGGCAGGAGGAGGCAGCAGAGGAGGCUUAGCAAGGGAUGGUCGCCGAGGGGAAUCUGUGAUCCCGCGCACUCCUGUCCCCACCCCGCCCACGAGCACACACACACACACCGCACAAACACACACACUCGCAUACGCCCGAGCCGCGCGUUCGCCCGCUCGCUCUCCCACGCAAGCGGAAUGCAGCAGCGCCUGAGGAGCUUGUCUGCAGCCGCUGCCUGAAUGCACCUCGCCGCCCGCAGUCCGUCCGCCCAAUAGGGCGUAAGGGAGGAAGCUUGGCCGCCAAAGCCUGGACAGUUUCUGACAGUGCAGUCUCACCACAUGGUUUGAGAAAUGGCUGUAGAAAACAACACUCAACGCAGUUACUCCAUCAUUCCAUGUUUUAUAUUUGUUGAGCUUGUCAUCAUGGCUGGGACAGUGCUGCUUGCCUACUACUUCGAAUGCACUGACACCUUUCAGGUGCAUAUCCAAGGAUUCUUCUGUCAGGACGGAGACUUAAUGAAGCCUUACCCGGGGACAGAGGAGGAAAGUUUCAUCAGCCCUCUGGUGCUCUACUGCGUUCUGGCUGCCACUCCAACUGCUAUUAUUUUCAUUGGUGAAAUAUCCAUGUAUUUCAUAAAGUCAACAAGGGAGUCCCUGAUUGCUGAGGAGAAAAUGAUCCUGACAGGGGACUGCUGCUACCUGAGCCCCUUACUCCGAAGGAUCAUCAGGUUCAUCGGGGUAUUUGCAUUUGGACUUUUUGCUACUGACAUUUUUGUAAACGCGGGGCAAGUCGUCACUGGUCACCUAACACCAUACUUCCUGACAGUGUGCCAGCCAAACUAUACCAGUACAGACUGCCGGGCACACCAACAGUUCAUCAACAAUGGCAACAUCUGCACUGGGGACCUGGAAGUGAUAGAAAAAGCUCGGAGGUCCUUUCCCUCCAAACAUGCCGCUCUGAGCAUUUACUCCGCCUUAUAUGCCACUCUGUAUAUCACAAGCACAAUCAAGACGAAGAGCAGUCGGCUGGCCAAGCCAGUGCUGUGCUUGGGGACCCUCUGUACCGCCUUCCUGACAGGCCUCAACCGUGUCUCAGAGUACCGGAACCACUGUUCAGACGUGAUCGCCGGCUUCAUCCUGGGCACCGCAGUGGCCCUGUUUUUGGGAAUGUGUGUGGUUCAUAACUUUAGAGGAACCCAAGGCUCUCCUUCCAAACCCAAACCCGAGGAUCCCCGCGGAGUUCCCCUGAUGGCUUUCCCAAGGAUAGAGAGCCCGCUGGAAACCUUAAGUGCACAGAAUCACUCCGCCUCCAUGACUGAAGUCACCUGAGAUGAAUGAAGACAUGCAGCUGUUUAGGGAUUGUUUGGUUUUUGUUUUGUUUUUUUCCAGCAACCUUCCAGUUCAAUUCUUCAAAACACACAGAUACUCAAGUCAAACUGUGAAGACAAGUAUUACAUUUAUCUAGUUAGAGGCUAAUGUUUUGUAUAUUUUUUGUAUGAAGAAGUGAUGUAGCUUGCCCUGAUCUUUUUUUGUCAGCUUUAAUAUAUUUAUGCCAGAUUUUUAAAACCAACAAAAUUUUCCUGUUGUUCAAGUGUGCAUUGAAGAAUCACAUUUAUCCAAUGGUUGAUGUUGUUUUGUGAUAUUUGUACACAAAUUUUUCUCAGUUUUAUAGACACAAAUAAAGCGAACAACCCACUUUAACCCUUUAUUACCACAGUUGCUGCCUCCUCCAGAAGUUUUGAAUUUUAAUGGAAGUUAAACUUUUGAGUUACAGGAAGGACAGUGGUGGUUAAUUGUAAAUCUCAAAGUCAAUUGUGGAAAAAAAAUAUUGGAAGAGAACGUUGUGUUCUGCUUUGUAAAUAGUUGACUGCAUUCCCAGUUAAAGCAACAGGGGCAUACUAGUGAAGAGUUCUAGUUGCCCAACUAUUGGCACAGAAGCCUAUAUUUGGAGGAAGAGUACUUUGGUCAUAUGAUACUUUCUUAGAUAAUGGCCUCGCCAUCAUACAGAGCACAAGGUCAGUCUGGGAUUCUGACCUUGGGCAGGUAACACUGUGGCCUACUAUCCAAGAGAGCAGCAAGCACCAGCCUUUCCUGUCAACUCAACAGUUUUGUAUAUCAUGUUGUAUGGACUUUUUAUGAAAAAGAAUAUUUUACAGUUUGCACAGUAUUAUUUUACAGAAAGGCUAUCAGAGCAUCUACAUGUAGAGCCCAGAGCAAUGGCUUCACUAUGGGGCUUUUAACUGUUCUUAGAUUUUAACUGCAUCCCAUUUUUUCUAGCAUGGUGAUAAUGUGUCCCUCAUUUGGGAGAAGGAGUUCCCUUUCUGUAUCUAUCAAAAUGUUUCUCACCCGUGUCAGGUCUUCUUAGCUUUUUUUGUACAUAUUUUUUUUUCUAAAGAGAAGAAAAAAAAAGUUAUCACAAAAUGUAGUCUGGCUCCUGUGCUCUGUGUUUCAAUUCAGUUGGCGGUGUUUGAAGAACUGUGGAGUGUCUGUGCUUCUCAGUCCAUGAGAGAGGGGAUUAGAUGAACCAUUAAACAGGGGCAUGCUGAAAGGUCAUUCAAAGUAAGCAGACAGAAGCAGGGGGUGAAGGAAUGACUGUACACAAAUAGGCAUACAUAUGUAUUAAAAUAAGAUGAAAGAAUUCCUUCAUUUAUUAAGAUACUCAAAUCAAAUGCAUUUUCUGUAUUCUUAGUGUGAUGCCAUAGUCUUCAACCUGC